UAGUCCACCAGCCUUCAAACUUAUUCUCACCAAAAUCUCUUCUACAAGUUUUAUUUCUUUAUGAGUAUAUAAAUAUAAAUAUCUUUCCCUUUUGUUAUUCUUCUACUGUUAAACUUUGACAAAAAUAUUUAUCUUACCAUAUUCUUAUCUCAUCUCUUCACUCCAUAACCUAAACCAGAAACCAUAAUUCCAAUUCUUCUUCUUCAUUUCUUUUUUUUUUAAAAAAAAUUUUCUAUAGUGCAAGUGAGUUAUUUAGCAGGGGAACUCACAUGGCUGGUUGCAACAGAAAUGAAGAGCCUCAGGUAACAUCUAUGUUCAAGAAAUAUGAAGGACUUGUGCCUAAAAAGAAGCCCUUAAUUUCAAAGGAUCAUGAACGAGCUUUCUUUGAUUCAGCGGAUUGGGCACUAUAUAAGCAAGGAGCUGCAGUGAAUCAAAACUCAACCGUGCCCAUAGAAACUUUGCAACCAAAAUUAAAGAGAACACCUCACCAACAGCUUCCUCCAAGAAGACCAGCUUGUACCACAUCAAGUACACAUGAAUGUUGACAGCAUAAGUGUUAAACUCAAUUAUUUGAUGUGCUAAAAAAUCAAUUAAAAUGAAAUUGUGCAGAUUGUACAAUGCAAUUGGCUUUUGAAAUUUGGCUGGUUUAUAAUAAAAACAGCUUUUGUUAUUUA